CACCGAGCACUCUUUGCCUCCGAAGCAUUCAGAGGGUCAAGGUCACGCCAUCACCUGGGGCUCCUUAACCCCUGGAGAGCGGCCGCUUCCUCGGAGGAGGAUCUGCCUGAAGGCCCAGAUAACGACACGCACCACUCGGAGGCCGAGCUGGCCGUGCCUGGUACCACUGCGUCAAUUCAAUCAGGAAUGAGAGCGACAUCGCGGCCCUCGGCCCCGCCGUCAGCGAUGCGCCGGCGUCGGGCGACGUGCGCCUUCGGUCGUGCGCUCCGAGGGGUCUGGUGGCAGCGGGACGGGAUUGCUGCUGUCAAGCACAAGAACAGCUGGAGGUAGGUCUGGCUGCUGAAGGCGAGCCCCUCCUGAUCCGGGUGGGAGGAAUGCGUGGUGGGUGCCCCCAGUGCGUCCCAGGAAGCUCCAAGAGGAAGGAUAGAACAGAACAGAAAGCAGACAACAGUCCUGAGCUGCUCGGCAGGGGUGGGCUGGCAGCAGCCUGCGUGCUCUGAGCUUUCCUGGGGCUCGGGCAGGAGCAGCGGCGCUCGGCUUUGCCUUCUCCUCCCUCCCCUGCUCUGAAGCGAGGAAGCGCCGGGCAGCGCUGCGGGCUGCAGCUCCCAGCCCAGCCCAGAAAGCGGGUCGCUGCUCGAGCCCCGCGUUGUCCCGGGACCUGCCGUGGCACUCGGAGGGUUUGGCGUGGAGCGACUGUGCUCCGGGAGCUGACGGCGCGGCGGUUCGGAGGGACACACCCGCAGCAAAGGUGCGUGCUGGGCUGCUGCUUGUCAGGCUCACCCAAACCGCGCCGAGGGCGAGGAGGUUUGUGAAAGGCCGCCGCUCCCUGACCCUCUCCCUUUGGGUGAGGUCCCACGGCCCGAGUGUGCUGCUUUGUGUCUGAGGAGGAGAGGCUCGGCCCUUUCCUAUCCUGCUGCGAAGUCGCCUGAACUGCCGGUCGGGUAACUGCUGCUGUUGCUGCAAAAAUCCCACCUCUGUGGAAGUGGAUCACGGUGGGAUUCGGAUGGGGACAGAGCCGGGGGUUCCUUGCUCCGGAGCCUCCAGCCCAAAUACCUGGCGUAUCCUCGCUCUUUGUUUUUGUUUGCAUUGGGGAUUUGCUUUUUGCACCAGGGAGCGAAAGAUUAGCGCCCUGCUCUGCGCUGAGCUCCAGAUUACAGUGUUUGGGCUAGAGCUAAGCCCAAGUGCAAGUGCCCGUGUGCGAAGGUUGGCAUGGGAGGGAGGCGGCGGUGUCCCUCCCCCCACCCGUGUCCCCAGCCCUUCUCUGGGCUGCUGCGAGUAACCUGGGGGGAAAACCUUCCCACCUCUGCCCUAAAAGCAGUAAUGUCUCAGAGGGGGAGGCUUAAAACCACGUUCAAAGGGUGUAGUUUGCGUUUCUGUUGUGUGCACGUGGCCUUGGGUGCAGCUUUCAUGUGCUGCAGUGCCACUGAAAUAAAAUUUGGGCCCAGGUAUCGGUGUGUUCUUGGCAUUUCGAGGCGCUGCCGUAUUACGAUCUUUGGCAAACUCCUCUCCUGCUGGGCACCCGCGGUGCUGGGGUUAUUAAAGUUAAAAUUCUCGCUCUGGAAGUAGUCUUGCCCUUCCCCUGGUGAGCCGAGGGGGUGGUGUCCGCGCACAGACACGGCAGUUUGCCCAAGGCUCACAUGCUGUGCAUGAGGAUUAGUGACUCCCGUCCCAGCCCGUGGUCAGUCCGGGGAGCGAUGCUGCGGCUGUGGUGCCCGAAUGGCUGAAGAGCAGCAUCAAAGCCUCUGAAUUACCCUCAGUGCUUCCACAGAAGUGGGAGAACAUCUAAUUUUCUCAGAGCAUCAAAUUAAGUUGCAGAAGGCGAAGUCUGGCCGUGCAGAAUUAGUUGUGACACACAGGUCCGUCCCACCCUGGUCCCUGCCUGGGACGCAGAAGCGCUCGCCACUGAAUCAGGCGAAAGCAGCUCAAAAGCGGAGCGUUGCAGGAGAGUCACAUCCGACGUGAAAAGCACUCGGGGCUUCUGAGCUGCCAGGCUCGGGCUGGGGGGUGUGAGCCACCCCGGCUCGGUGGUGCUCCGGGGUGCUGCACCCUCUGCCCCCGAAGAUGGGGUGGGCUCCAGCGCUGCCCCCCCCCAGCCUGGGAGGUGGUUUGCAGGGGGUGUCACCGCUCCGCUCCCUGCAUUGGUUGCCCGGGGGGGAUUUACCUCCUCUCCCCGCUAGCCCUGUGCUGCAGGCAGAGCGCUCCGAUGGGCUUGCUUUGGUUCGGGGGGAGUCUGGAAGCACGACCCUCCCUAGCUGGUGUGUGCCCUUCGGGCCUUGCCAAGCGGGGUGCCCCAGCCUGGAGCCCUCUCUUUGGAACACCGUCUCCUUCAGUCCGCUCUUUGUGUCGGGGCCAGCACUUUUCCUCCCAGGCAGGUACGCCUUAGAGCUCUUCCAGGUACACGUGUUUCACCUGGCCACCAACACGACACCCUGCAGGUACUUUUGCACGUUCCAGGGCCCUUGCGUUGCCCCCAAGCGUGGGGGCGCAGAGGUGGGCAAGCCUGGCCUCGCAUCCCGCUUUCCAUCAGCCCGACACGGGCCGAUUGCCUUGUGCUUCAGCCCAGCGUUUGUAGGGGACUGUCCCUUCUCCAGGGCGCUGCUGUUUGAGCAAAGCAGCUUUUUGGGAGACACGAAAGACACCUGCCCCCCCCAAGCUCUGAUCUCGCACCCUGACUGCAUGGGGUGCUUCUCCAGCUGUGCUCUGUGUCUGGGGCUUGCCUUGCCAGGCAGGUGUUUAAUUACCUCUCGUGGCCUGGCUAAUGAUCUGGGACACCUCGUGUUCGGGUCCAGUCACGGUGUGGGGGAGCAGCUCCCUUCAGCAGCGUCACUGGAUAAUAAAGCCAAAUUUGCAGGCUGCAUCCGGUAAGCUAUAAACAAGUUUUCCAGACAAAGUGUCUUGAGAAUCUGCCAUUAGUGAAUUUAUUUAGUGCUAUUGCAGCCUUGCUAAUCCUCUGGGGAGAGGAAAAUGAGGGUAAGGCAUUGGCUGCUGUAGGGAAUCGCCAUGAUGUCCUGCUCAUUAGCUCCAGGGCUUAAACUCGGACGCAGCUGCGGGAUGCUGUAAUGAGCAUGGAGAGGCAAUGGGGUGGGAAGCGGGCAGGUCCUUUUGAUGUCUGAAGGGUCUAGGGAUGAGUAGUCCAUAAAAGCCUUGGGACUGAGCUGUUAAUGAGUUGGCACGAUGCAAGUGUCCUCUGUAUUUAGAGAGAUACAGAGGAGCAGGACCGGGACUCCCCAUCUGUGCCGGGGGGGCCGCGCUGGAUUCGGCCUCCUCGGGUCGUCUGGGGAAAGGCUCUGGCAGGGUGCUGAGCCCAGCCCAGUCCCGAGAGCUUUUUAGUGGGUCUUAAUCAGACCUGCAGGGAGAAGUGCAGGGCCUUUGCACUUCCCUUCCGCUUAUCAAUUGGUCAAGAUGAACCAAAGCAAAACGAGGUUUGAGAACUGAGUGAUUUUAGACGUAGAGAAAACCAGGUGUCCUAUUUUCCCAGUGGGGCAGCAAUUUUUUAAAAUAGGCAAUUCUGGCUCUGAAGUUUCACUUUGGCUUGUGUGAAAGCGGCUCCACAAAGAGGAAAAAGGGCUGGGGAAAAAAAUUGUAUAACAAGGUGCUGUCCUUGGCGUCUGCAUGGGAAAAGGAGGCUGACCUGUGCACAGCGGGAAGGGGUCCAACGCCUCCCAGCGUGGUGAGCACCAGGGGCCUGGGGCUCCUGACUGCCAUGGCUGCUCUUCAUGCUCUGAUGUUCUCCAUGGCUUUGGAGACUCUCGGGAGGGUUUUCUGCUCGCGGAGAACAGCCCAAGUCUUGCAGCCUCCGUCUCCAGCUGCACAGACCGCGCGUCCUUUGCAACAAGCCGUGGGCUGCGCUGGCUGUAGCGGCUGGACCCGUUGCCAAACAAGCAGCGUCUCCGCGUAGCAAAGUGUCUGUCGCUGAUACAGAGGGCUCCGGCCUCCUCGUGCACCUCCCCAGCUGUUAGAAAUAAAAAUUGGGCGCGGGAGCGGCUGUGACUUACCUCUGCUUUUUCAUGGGAGCGAAGGUGCGAGGUGAGAGCAGGGAGCCUUUCUCCAGGCGCCGGGUGCUGCCGGUCCGACCGCGCGGCCGUGAAACUCUCCCUACCUUCGUCCUUGGGGACGUGGUGGUGAGUGCUGCUGGACAGGGCGGUGGACGAGAUGGGCCCUUGGUUUUACUUGGUGGAAAGAGGGGUGAUCAUUAGCGGGUGCUUUGCAGGGGUGAGGAGACGCUUUUCCAUAGGUGGUGGUUUAUGAACGAAUUAAGGCUGUUUCCAGGUACACUGAAGACUAAACCCCCACCACGCUCCUGCAUCUGUGCUCACUGAUGGGUCCUGCUUUCCUCCUCCCACCUCCCAGCUGUAGGGUUUGUUGUAAAGGUCCUUUCGCUGCUCCCCUGUAGGCACCCGCCGCUUCUCGAGGGCCAUUUACCUCCUUAACAGUGGAGUUAUCCCCCGGUGCUUGGCCAGGAGCAGCUCCUGGUGGUGUGUCAUGGGGGGGGGCUUGUGCAGUGUGAGGGCUCCGCUCAUCGCUUUGAUUUCAGCACAUCGCUUCCCAGGAGGAUGAUUCCAAGAAUGAAGAAGUUCAAAAGCAAGGAGGCGAAGAGGGAAGAAAACUCACCCGGAGGACUGGUGUGCAGAGGGUGGUGAGCAGCGGUGCAGAGCAGAGGCAAGCGUGUUGUCAUCUAGAAGGGCAAAUAGUCUUAACAGGCGACCUACUCAUCUGUGCGAGCAGCAAGAAGCACCUGGUGAUGUGACUGCUCUGCAAAACCAGGUAUCCGCAUCCUGGCACAGCUCCAGGCUACUGGCGUGAAGCCCCAGAUCCUGUUCUGGGAAGCAAAUGAAAUGAUUACGAUGUGACUUCCCAUGCCAUCUCCCGCUGUGCCUGGAGCUCUGCCGGAGCAGCCAGCCCCAGACCAGAGCGGAGAGCCGGCGCCCACGACGACUCUUCAGACUCCAGGAGACCAGCUGGGACCUCACCAACAUGUUCAAGGGGGUGGGCAAAGGCUCCCCGAGCAGAAGUUCUCCUGUCAAGCCUAGCAAGUCCUCAACAAAUGAGCUGGCUGUUCUCAUCUCCCGCAUGCAGACAAAUGCCGACCAGGUGGAGAAGGACAUCCUGGAGACACAGUCCAGACUCAAGCAGGAUGCCAGCAAUCACCAGAAGAACAAGGCUUUUGAGUUCCAGCAAGAGAACGCCAGGAAUCUAAAGGAAGCAGAGACCCUGCUGAAGGAUCUCUUUCUGGACGUGGACCGUGCCAAGCGGCUGAAACACCCUCAGGCUACUGAGAUAGAGAAAGACAUCCAGCAGCUCCACGACCGCGUGACGCAGCUGUGUGCAGAGUACCGGGCCCUCUACGAACAGCUGAACAUCCCUGAGGUGGUGCCCAGGGUAGACUGGGCCAGGAUCCUGGACCAAAAGAUGAAACAAGUCAACGCAGGACAGUACGGCCCCGGCAUGUCAGAGCUGGAAAAGCAAAUAGCUGAGCACAACAUCCUCCAGAAGGAGAUUGAAGCUUACGGUCUCCAGAUCAAGAACCUCUGCUCCGGGGAUGUGGCAGAUUUAAAGAGCCAGUACAAGGACUUGCUGAAAGCCUCCAUCUGGCGAGGGCAGAGCCUGGGCAGCCUGUACCACCACCUCCAGGACUGCACCAAGGAGCUGGGCUACCUGACGGACCAGCAGACCAAGAUCCUGAAGCAGGACUGGAGUGACCAAAUGAUGGAUGUCCAAAGCGUGCAUCGGGAGUACGAGUACUUCAAGUCCAAUGAGCUGCUCAACCAGGAGGAGAUUGUGAACCAUCUUCAGGACGAUGGGGAUAGGAUGAUUGAGCUAAAGCACCCAGCUGUCAAGCCUAUCCAGGCUCACCAGGAAGCCUUGAAGAAUGAGUGGCAGAAUUUCCUGAAUCUCUGCAUUUGCCAGGAGAGUCAACUGAAAAGCGUGGAGAAGUAUAAGAAGUUCCAGGAUGAUGCUGAGGCUGUGAGCUGCUCCCUGAAGAAGAUGAGCUCUGACCUGGACACUAAAUACAGCAAGUUCAACAAAGACAGCUCUGGGGUGGUGUCAGAUCUUCUGCUUCAGCUGGAGAAUGAGGAGAAGGCGGUGAAGCAGGCAGAGAGGAGCAUCGCUGACCUGAAGAGAAGGAGCAAAGAGAUCAGCCCACUGAAGCUGCGCAGGACGCGUCCCUCCCAGCCCCUCACCUUGGACACCCUCUGUGACUGGGAUGCUGGGGAGGUGCAGCUGACAAGAGGUGACAAGUACAUUCUGAAGGACAACAGCAACCCAGAGAUGUGGGUGGUGCAGAGCAGCACUGGUGUGGUCCAGGAGGCACCUUCUGCUUGCUUCUCCAUCCCUCCACCAGACCCUGAGUCCAUAGACAAGGUCAAUAGGCUGGAAGGGGAACUGAACGUGGUGAAGCAGAAGCGAGCGGCGGUUCAGAGCAACCUGCGACGCAGCCACAAGGAGCAGGUCCAACCCAGCCAGCAGGCUCUGACCAGGAGCCCCCCUGUAGUCCAGGAUGAUCCCCAAGCUGACCAGCUUCUCGGUAGCCUGGAUUGUGUUGGCAAGGACCUGGUCCAGGUAGAGAAGGAGGUCUUGAACCGAGUGAGGUCUCCAGUGAACUGCAGUGACCCCACAGACGACCUUGCCAGGAGGAUCAAACACCAGCAGGAAACAACAAAGAAACUUGAGAACCUGGGGGCAGCAAAGGAUGCCUUGCAGAAGGAGUGCGAGACCUACCUUUCCAAGAAACCCACCAGCACCUCGGCUUCCCAGCUCCCUGUCACGCUGAAUGCCCUCAGGAGCAAAUACAAUGAUGUCAAUAUGCUCUCCAGCCUGUACAACGAGAAGGCUAAGGCUGCCCUAAACCUGGAGACUCAGAUUGAGAACACGGACAAGAUCGUCAGCAUGUUUGAAGCCAAGCUGGCUCAGGAUAGCAUCAUCCCUGCGUCCCCCAAUGCCCUGCAGGAUCGGGCCAAUGAUCUGCAGAAGAUGAAGCGUGACCUGGUGGCCCAAGAGGACUGUGUGCUGAAGCUGAACCGGGGGCUCAAGGAUGCUGAGCACAGCUGCAGCGCUGUGCAGAACAACUUCCAGGAGUACUGCCCUGACCUGCCCCGGCAGAAGCGGGAGGUGCAGCUCCUCAACGAUCGCUACCACGCCGUUGCGGACCAGCUGGAUCACCGAGAGAAGACCCUCAGAAAUAUCAGCCUCACCUACCAGCAGUUCCAAAACUCCAAUGAGAACCUGAUGUUCUGGAUGAACAACCUCCCCAGGCACCAAGUGAAGACCACUGAUGGGCCAAGCCAGAUCAAUUACAAGCUGCAGGCACAGAAGAGGCUGGUGGAGGAGAUCGAAAGCAAGGAGCCUGAGAAGAAUGCAGUGGUCAGACUAUCCCGGAAUGUGCAGUCCACGCUCAAUGACUAUGAACUCCAAGCAGGCAAAUACAGCUCUUCUCUGGACCCUACCCUGACCGACUUUGCUGCAAAGAGGCUGCGUGUGACCCCCCUACAAGAAAGCAUCCAGGCCCAGGAAAAUGAUGUAACCAAGCUCUACAUGGAGUUGGCAGCAGAAAAUAAACAGCAGCUCAGCCGGCUGGAGUUUGCCAAGAAGAUUAUUGAGAAGAAGGAAGUGCAUGAGGACAUUGAAGCUGUCCAUGAGCAAACCCAGCAAUCUGAAAACAAAGCCACAACAAGCAGGGAAUCUGAGGGGCUGAAAUCACAGCUGGAGGAGGAAAGGAGGAAAGUGGCCAAGAUUGAAGAGGAACUGGAGGAACACAGAAACAAGCUGCUGAUGUUGAAGACUCAGAAGCCCAUUGAAAGAGUGGAAGAAAAAGAGGUGAUAGAAUAUUACAGAGACCCACAGGUGGAAAGCAACCUGUCUAAGAUGGCACAGCAGAUUGAAGAGGAAGGCAAAAAGAGGCAGAGCCUGCAAGAAGACAUUGAAGUGAUGAGCCAGAAGCUUGCCCAGAUGGAGAGUGAGAAGAAGGUCGUUCCUGCCCAACUCCUCACCAAAGAGAUCACAAAAAUUGAGAAAGAUCCAAGCCUGGAUAGCCAAGCAGCCAGUCUUCGGCAGGAGAUCAAACGUCUCCAGGAGGAAAGCUUGGCUGCUGCUUCUGAACUUGAGCAGCGAAGGAGAGAGCUGCACGUGCUGGAGCGAAAGCAGCCCAAUAUCCGAGAGAAAGUGGUGGUGAAGGAGCUCAUCAAACUGGAGAAAAACCCAGAAAUGCUGAAGUCCGUUAGGACCCUGCAGCUACAAAUUGAUGAGGAAUCCUUCAAGAGGAAGUCUGCAGAAGAAGCAAUAGUGAAGGUGAAGAACAAGAUUGAGGAGGUGGAAAGACUAAUUGAAACAGUGGAACCCAAAAUUAUUGUUAAAGAGGUGAAGCAGGUGGAGCAGGACCCAGAGUUAUUGAGAGAGUCUUCCAAGCUUAAAACUCUGAUUGAAGAAGAGAGGAGCAAGAACUUGAUACUUACAGGUGAGCUGGGAGAGCUGCAGAGCCAGUACAGUGUUGCGCAGAAGCAAAAACCAAGGAUAGAGGUUAAAGAGAGGGUCAAUGAGAUUUUCCUGGUGGAUCCUGAAACGGAGCGGCAAAUUGCACAACUGAAAAGGGAGCUGCAGGAAGUUACUCUGAAAAGGACAAAGAUCGACAGUGAAGUGGAAGAGGCCUUAGCAGAGCUCAGUGUCCUCAGGUCACAGAAGCCAGUGGUGGAGCUUAAGGAGGUUAUAGAGGAGGUGGUAAAACAUGAGAAGAGUCCAGAGAUUCUUAGAGAAAUUGACAGGCUGAAACAACAGCUCAAUGAACUGGUGAACACCAAUGGCAGGACCCAAGAGCAGCUCAUUAGGCUUCAGGGUGAAAGGGAUGAAUGGAAGAGGGAGAGAUCCAAGGUGGAAACCAAGCUGGUCAACAAGGAAGUCAUCCGAUAUGAGAACGAUCCGCUCUUGGAAAAAGAAGCUGAUCGCCUCCGUCAAGAGGUGCGUAACAUGUCUCAAAAGAGGAGAGCUGCGGAGGAUGCAAUCUAUGACUUGCAGAAUAAAUACAUGCUACUGGAGAGGCGAAAGCCAGAGGAAAAGGUAGUUGUCCAAGAGGUGAUACUGACUCAAAAGGACCCAAAGCUCCGAGAUGAGCACAACAGGCUGAGCCGGAGUCUGGAUGAGGAGGUGAGCAACAGGCGUCGUCUGGAACGUGAUGUGCAACAGGUUCGUGCACUGGUGGAAGAGCAAGAGAAGUUGCUCAACUUUCAGGAGGAUCGAAGCAAGAGGCUUGCACUGGAGAAGGAAAUAAGACAAACUACGUUGAGAAUAAAGGAGCUGGAGGAGAGCCCAGCCCCCGUGCAAGAAAAGAUCAUUAUGGAAGAAGUGGUCAAGCUGGAGAAGGAUCCAGUCCUUGAACAGUCUGCCAGCAACCUGCGCUUGGAGCUGGACCGUGAGAAGAUGGAGGUGCUGAACUUGCAGAGAGAAUGCAAGAACCUGCAGAUGCAAAUUGAUGUCCUGCAGAAAACAAAAUCCCAGGAGAAGACCAUCUACAAGGAGGUGAUUCGAGUAGAAAAGGACAGAGCGCUGGAGAGUGAACGUGCACGCAUCUGGGAGCUGCUGAACAGGGAGAGAGGGGCCAAGCAAAAGGCAGAAGAUGAGGUACGGCGGCUCAGGGAGAAGAUCGAGAGAGCUGAAGGCAUGAAGAGGACGUGGGCUCGCGAAGAGACGGAGCUGCAGAAGGCCAGGAACCUGGCCAUCCAGGAGAGAGCCAACUUGGAGAGUGAACUGCGGGAGCUGGAGAGGCAAAAGCAGCAGAAAGUCCUCUUCCUUCGUGAGGAGUCCAAACUGCUCAACCAACGGACUGAGAACGACAGGCAGAAGAAGAAGCAGCUGGAACAUGAGUUUUCCCUGCUAGAGGCAGACAUCCUUAGGGAGAAGGACCAAAUCUACAACAAGGAGAGGGUCAUUAGAGAUCUCCAGUCAAGAGUCAACCGGGAGGAAAUCAGUCAUGAGACCCAGAUGAGAGAGACGAACCUCUCCACCAAGAUCUCUAUAUUGGACCCUGAGACAGGGAAGGAUAUGUCCCCUUAUGAGGCCUAUAAGAGAGGUAUCAUAGACCGAGGCCAGUACAUCCAGCUUCAAGAGCUGGAGUGUGACUGGGAGGAAGUCACCACCCUGGGUCCAAACGGGGAAGUCUCAGUUCUCCUUGACAAGAAAAGUGGGAAGCAGUACUCCAUCGAUGAUGCACUAAGGCUGAGGAGGAUCACAAAGGAGGAGUACCAGCUGUAUCGGGAUGGCAAGAUUCCCAUCUCUGAGUUUGCCUUGCUGGUGGCUGGGGAAUCCAAGCCUCCCCUGUCCCUCUCUAUUGGCUCCAUCAUCUCUAAAUCCCCAGUCUCAUCACCCACCACCCACCAAACCCAAAGCUUCUUCCCCCCAGCCUCGCAGAAGGGCUUCUGUGAUGACACAUCCCCCAUCGCUGGGGUGUACGACACCACCACUGACACCAAGUACAACAUCAAGACUGCUGUUGCAAAGAAGCUGCUUGAUGCCAUGACGGCUCAGAAGCUCCUGGAAGCCCAGGCUGCUACAGGGGGCAUCAUAGACCUCAUUUCUCGGGACCGUUUCUCAGUCCACAAGGCGAUCGAGAGGGGGCUGAUUGACAGGACCUACAUGCAGAGACUGCUCAAUGCCCAGAAAGCCUUCACAGGGAUUGAGGACCCGGUGACCAAGCGAAGGCUGUCUGUGGGGGAGGCAGUUCAGAAGGGAUGGAUUACCAAGGACAGCGCUUUCCCCUAUCUGGAGGUCCAGCAUCUAACUGGAGGGCUCAUCGAUCCCAAGAAAACUGGUCGCAUCCCCGUGCUGGAAGCUGCCCAGACAGGGAUGAUAACAGGCGACCUGGCCAACAGACUCCAGGAUGAGUCCAACUAUGAAAAAGAUCUCAUUGACCCUGUCACUAAAGAGAAGAUAAAUUACAAGGAGGCCAUGGCUCUCUGCCAGAAGGAUUCGCUGAGCAGCCUCCUGCUGCUCCCAGCCGCGUCCGAGGGGUAUCAGCGGUACCACCAGGCGAGCCGGUCCCCCAAGCUCUCCCGGUUCAGGCAUUGAACGGGUCCAGGCAAGUACUGGAUCUGGUUCCUUCAGGAGUUCAUCCCUUUGCUUCUCCCCACGGAGGCAGCAGCGAUCACAGGAACAGAGCAUCUAGAAUUUAGGGCUGCAUACUCUUCUAUCUUAGCUAUCUCUGCUUCCCAGCGCAGCUUGGUCAUGCGAGAAAGAAAGUGUGAUCGUGAGCGUGUAAGGGCCUGACACGAGGGUCCCCAUAGUCCCCCGGGUGCUGCUGUGACAGCAAAGGGGUUUGAUUGCAAGAACUCCACUGGCAGUAGGUAAAAGGCGGUUAUGCCCAGAUGGGGGGAGAGCCAGAGUGUUUUCUGGUUGGGUCAUUCUUCUGCAUGCAAUAAACAUAGAAAGUGCA